GAAUCCUGUUAUGACCUGGCUGGUGUGGGCAAGGAAGACAACAUAAACCAGUUAGAUUCUCUAAAGAAAAGUUAUUUAUUUGUAGGGUAAGGUUGACUGUAACUGUAACAGAAAAAGGGCCGAUUGGAUGCUGCUUAAACCAAUGAAAACAAUAUUACCAAAAAGAAAUCUCUACUGAGACACACUGUUAGCAAUUGAUGUAAUUUAUACAGUAAAUCUUACAACAAUGUAUUGUAUUUGUGUUUUUACUGUAAGUGGCAAUGCAUCAUGGGAAAUUAAUGGACAGUCCUGUAUUAUUAUUGUAACUACACUGUACACGCCGAGUUUUACAAUGGUUUUACAUGCACCGCGUUGCAUCAUGGAAUCACCGCGAUCGGAAUUUUGAAUUUUUAGGCGGUUAGUUCUAAACGGACAUUCGAGAACGGACAUCGUUCAAGAAGAAAAAAAAGAAGCAAACAUUCUGGGACGAAGAGACAUGGCUGCAGCACAAGAGGAGCUCAGGAGGGCUGUCUUGGCAGUACUCCCGGACCUCCCCGCAGACACACUAACUACCUUGAUGGCAGGCCUGGAAGAACUUGGUGUGGAGAACAAGGAGGAUGUGAGCCUUCUAAGUGAAGAAAAUCUUCUGCCCUUUCUCCGUGUGGUCCAGUCUAGAAAGCUUCUCCGUGCCUUUUCAUCUCAAGGUUCCUUCUCAGCCCUGUCUCCUCCUGGCUCUCCACAACUCUCCUCAACCCUGUCCCCCGUGGGAAGUCCACAACUCUCCUCACCUGAGACACCCCGAACGUCCAACCCAAUGCCCUCACCACGCACACCAUGGCCUGUACAUUUUAAGGUUAACUGGGAGAAGAUGACGCCAGAGAUUCAGUCAGCCAUUGCAAAUUCUACUAGACCGAAUCCUGCUGCCAGAAGAGCGAUGGUCAGAGAGCUUGUCGAUCAAAUGAGGGUGCACAAUGCAAAUCCAAAUAGAGGGAUCUGUUUGAAAGUUGUAAACGAUAUAAUACAGAAGUACCCCACAUGUUUUGGGGAUGUGGAUGAUGAUGAAAAUACAGCUGGGGCAUCGCUCGUCCAGCAAGUAAAAACCAGAAUCGAGCAUGUCAACCGAAACAACACAUUGGCACGGUUAAGGAAGAAUAAGCACAGCAAUCGGCAGGCGAGGACAAAUGGAAGAGGUCCCGUUGAUCAAUAUGGAUGUGUCCGAUGGGCACCUCAAGAACUCCCCUCAGGGGAGACUGAUGAAACCCUACAAGAGAUGAAGACUCAGAUGCAGCAGCUAUAUGCCCAGGAAGGAAUGUCAGGCAUGGAGAGAGGAGCGCUUCAGAGAUGGCUUCAGAGAACCUACAUUCUCCAGCGUUGUGAUCUCAAUGCUGACCCUCCACACAGCGUCUCAAAAAUUAAGGAUGACUGGCCCUUUCUCUUCUCCUUGAAGGGCCUGUUCUCGCAUUUCAGUGAACUGACCGGAAUUCCAAUCCAGGAGAAGCUGCCAGCUGCCAUAGACAACAGGAGUCAGAACAUCAUAGAGUACUUCCAACAGCAGAAGACACCAGGAGUGGGGAAGGUUCUGGAAGCCUACGAUGAAGAGAGUGGCAACAAAGCUAUCUGCACCAUUAUGUGCCUGCUUGCUCACUUCAAGGAGGGGGAUGGUAUCUUCCUUACGGCUGAUCCCUCUGCCACGGCUGCUGAUAUUGAGAGAGCUGUCAGUCUGCCAAGCACACCUCGAUUAGUUGUACCAGGAGAGAUACUGCGCGGUGCAGAUAUGGGUUAUGUCCAUGGAAGGAGCAUGUGUGAUGGGGCCCCACAGCAACCUCCUGCAUGGAUUGGCAGCAGUCUUCGCUGCCUACUAUGUCUUCAACUUGCAAUAUCCAGCAGAAGCCGCAAGCACACUUGAAUUCAUUCAGAGAGCCUUUUGCGGCAUAAAUCCCCAGACGGGCAGCAAGGCAGAGAAAAGGCGAGGGCUGAAUGCACCAGUUUGCACACUUUUGAGGAAACUGCUGGAUUUUGAAUUGGUGGGCAGGGGAAAUUAGAGGACAUUAGUGGGCAGGGGACAUUGGGGACAUUAGUAUGUUUGACAACUCAUGUUCAACCAGUUUGGUACACUAAUACUUUGUGCAUUGUGCACUCUGUUUUUUAAGAGAAAAUAAAAAUAUAUAUAAAAAAAAAACAAAGUUUUUUGUUUUUCUUUGCAGAAGUCUGAAAGAGAACAUUUAUCCAAGUUACAACAUUUAAUUGUAAUAUUUACAAUAUUCUGUCCUGUGAAAUUACAGGAAAUUCCUGGCUACUGAGUUGCCGUAAAUAUAAAAUUUUGCUGUAAUAUUUACAGUAUUAUAUCCUGUGAAAUUACAGAAAAUCCCUAAAAUUACAGGAAAUUCCUGGCUACUGAGUUGCCGUAAAUAUAAAAUUUUGCUGUAAUAUUUACAGUAUUAUAUCCUGUGAAAUUACAGGAAGUACAGUACCUUGUUGUAGUUAUUUUACAAUAACAGUCCUGUAUACUGUUUACAGUAAAUUUACGGCAACUAUUAGCCAGGAAUUUCCUGUAAAAUUACAAGAAAUUUCUAACAGUGC